GUGCAAUUUCUUAAAAUAUAGUAGCAACUAGUAAAAUCUGGAAUAUAUAAUAAGAUUUAAAAAUAUUUUUGUAAACCGUGUUAAUUUGAUUAAUUCCAUUACAUCUUCAAAACCGUACAGAUCUCUGUUUCGGAGCAGCUUCUUCACACGCUCAAGCUCACCGAUCGAUUCUUCCAAUGCUCUUCUAAUUCGUAAGUAAUUUUCCAGAUCCAACCUUUCUCAGAUUCGCUCUUUCCCGAGAAAAUUUGAAGAAACAGAGAUUCAUCAUUUUCUCUUCCUCUCAAAAAUCAGAUCUGCAAAACUCUCAGAUCACUCAUGGGUUUGAUUUCAAACCCUACCCGUUUGAUUCUCGUCGCCACCAUCUUCUUCCUCGUUUCUUCAAUCUCCGGUCAGGAUUCUGUCGUUGAGAACAAUGAGAGACAAGAAUCUGAAGGAUCUGGUAAAGAGCUUGGUCGUCGUGGAAUGGUUGGUACUGAACGAAUUGGAGUUGAUACUGUUGUAGACAAUAUUGGUGCUCUUGGUUUGAAUCUAGACCUUGAUGCUACUGCUCCUAGUGUAUUUGAUGCUUUGUUUUCGAGUUUCUCGAUGAUACUUGUCACCGAGAUUGGGGAUGAAACUUUUAUAAUAGCGGCAUUGAUGGCUAUGCGACAUCCUAAAGCUACUGUUUUAUCUGGUGCACUCUCAGCUUUGUUUGUUAUGACUAUACUUUCUACUGGACUUGGUAGGAUAGUGCCAAACUUGAUAUCGAGGAAGCACACCAAUAGUGCUGCUACAGUGCUCUAUGCAUUUUUUGGUUUGCGACUACUCUACAUUGCUUGGAGGUCUACUGAUUCAAAGUCAAAUCAGAAGAAAGAAAUGGAGGAAGUUGAAGAGAAGCUCGAGUCAGGUCAAGGGAAGACACCCUUCCGUCGUUUAUUCUCAAGAUUUUGUACCCCAAUAUUUCUGGAGUCCUUCAUCUUAACCUUUCUAGCUGAAUGGGGUGACCGUAGCCAGAUCGCUACAAUAGCUUUGGCGACUCACAAGAACGCCAUAGGAGUGGCCAUUGGGGCAAGUAUUGGACACACUGUGUGUACUUCACUAGCAGUUGUUGGAGGAAGCAUGCUGGCUUCAAGGAUCUCGCAACGUACGGUCGCAACUGUUGGAGGCUUACUCUUCCUCGGCUUUUCAGUCUCCUCCUAUUUCUAUCCUCCAUUGUAGUAAAUGUGCUUCUUUCGAAAAUGGGUGUUAGAGACAAUUUCUAAGUAAAGUUUCAAUUUUUUUUUUGAUUUUAAUUUAAGUUUGAUAUUUUGUUUAAUAUCAAUGGCCAAAAUGGCCAAACCAAAGAAUCCAACGCCUAUGCUUUUACAAUUUACUUUCUUGAAGUGUAACAAAUCUAAUUAAAUAAAAUUUUGCAGUAUCCAAUUUUUC